CGCGUACAAGUGCUCGGUCGGCUGUGCCUAAAUCUCGCCGCGGAACGUGUUACGAUCUUGUGUUGUCUGUGCUGUCAUGGAUAUUGUCACCCUGGACCCGACCGGUCUCUAUUAACCAUGGAGCUUACUCUGGACCCCACCGGCCAGUACUGAACAAGACUUUACCCCUUCUUAUUAGAAAUGCUCAAAGUGUUGGAUCCCACCGGUCAGUAUUAAAGCAACCAUGACCGGCCUGGACCCCACCGAAGUGUACUGAUGUCAACAUGUGCUGCGGCCGGAGGAGGAUCUGCACUGGCUCGAGUCCGGCGGAAACGUCUUCGUGCAGAAAGAGAAGGUUUCACACAGACUUCCCGCUUUGCUGAUCGACAACAACCGCGCCUGUAAAUAUGAACACGGAGGGACGUGACAAGGUCAUUGCAUGGAAAUCAGCUGAUUGCUAAGCGCCAUCCGGAAAUGUAUAGAAAUACUUCGAUUAUCUUGAGACAACCUCCUUAGUCACAUUUAAAUAUGAAUGCUGAUUCCAGAUACGCAACACUUCGACCAACAAUGAUCGAAUUUUGGCAACUACAACAGAUUAUUUUUUCCGUAAAUUUUAAUCAAUACUCAUUAGUUUGUAAGUUGUGUAAUGACUGACAUUAAUAUCUCGAUAUUCGCAUAUCUUUAAUUGCAUUUGUUUAUUGUAAUCAUAAAUUAUUAUUUUUAAUAUUAAAAUAAUGUUAUUAUGACGUGGCCGUCCGAAAUAUCUAAAAAACAUGUUAUUUAUCAAUUACAAUUUGAUUAUAUUUUGCUUAUCAGAUACAAAUUGAAUGAGUUCGAAUAAAUUUUACGUUUUCCCAAAAAGUACUAAAGUAUACUGCAGAUUUUAUAGUGGGUCCACAAUUCAUAAUUUUGAUACGAAAAUACUCUAUUAUUUUUGGAACGUCAAUGUCAAAAUUGUACAUCUGUCAAUUGAAUAAGUCGCGUCAUUUUAGGCUAAGGAAAAUAAUAUGUGACAAGCAAACAGAGGCAAUGGUGUUUUUGAAUGGUUUUCUUGAAUCCGUCUGUAUAUUUUAAAAAGGAACCUUCAAAAAUAAUCCAAACAAGUACAUACGUAAUAUUUUACUUUAUUUUUUGGCUUCUCUUCAUUAUUCGAGUUACCAAUCUAAGGUUUUCCGCUUGUUAAAUGUAUAUAAACGCAAUGCUUGAACAUGCUUCAGUUCGUAUUUUAUUAUUCAUUUAAUGUUUAUUUUUUAAGAAUCAUAUUUUAUGGUGUAGAUAAGACUGCGAUAAUUUUUAACUGCAUUUCUAUUUCUAAAUAAAAAUAAAAACAUGACGAUUUGUAACCUAGAUUUUAAAAUACUUAAAUAUUAAUUAUAAUUUACUAUGUACUUUUUAAAAUAUUUUUAACAACGAAUGUUUGUGUAACGAUAAUUAAUUUAAGUCUUAGUUUUUUAAGUUUUAUACUUCAGUGUUGCCCUACAAAGACUGAAAGGAAAAUUACUAAGAAAAAAUGAGGAUCAAACCUUUUCUACCCUUUAUAAAUAACAAGGUCUGGAAAAGCACCCACCCUUUACUAAAUUCUAAUUAAAUAGUUAUAUUAUUCACGUGUAUUUCGGUAUAUUCUUAAGGGAUAAAUAAAUGUUUAUAUAA